UUGCCUGUUGCUUUUUGAUUCCAAAGUUUUGUAAGUAUAUUAUUGUAGAAGAAAGAAGCAUAAUUCAAAUUGGCAUUAAUUUUGAAUGAUUUUUAAAAAGACAAUAAAUUAAAUCUGGUGCACUCGUUAUAAGCUUUCGCCUUUUUGCAAACGAUCGGCAUUAUUUUUUGUUAUGGUGCGAGGUUUUUAGUAAUUUCUUUUAGUAUCUAGUUGCUUGAUAUAAUUCGGCAUGUACUAAGCAGCGACUUUAAAUUUGUGGUGUGAAAUUGUGAAGUCUUUAGUCUGUUGUUUGUCAAACAUUUAAAAGUUAUUUGGAUUAUUUUAAAUAGUUUCUCCUGAAAAAAUUACAGACUCGUCUUUGAAAGUUCAAUAGAGCAGAAUGGCUGAACCAUCACAUAAGAUGGAUACUAACAAAAAACUAGAUGCUGUUUCCAAUGAGGCGUUAACUAGUCAAAAAAAGACUGAUGAAAAUUCUGAUACCAAUAGUGAAGAUCAACACUCGGAAAGCAUCAAAUUCUUUGAUGUUCAGAAUGAAACUUUUGAAAAUGGAGAAUUUAAAAGUCUAGAACACAUAGUAGAGGAACAAAAUCAAACUACUGACUCUGGUAGACAUUCACUAGAUUUUGAAUUACAAAUAGGUGAACCUGCUAUUCAUACUGAGCUUUUACAUCCAGACAUUGUAUUACAUCAACAAGCAAAUUCCCUUCCGUCGUUAUUGAAUGAAUAUAAGCCAAAUGCAGAAAUAAACAAAUUAAUUACAGGAACUACAUCACAAGAUGACCAAGUAGUAGUAAAUAGAGAGAAUUCUAUACAUGACCCCUCAGUACUUUGUAUAAAUAACAAAAAUAUUCAGCAUGCUUGUGAUCAAUCUGAAGUAAGAGAUCUAGUGCUUGAAGACUCAAGUAAAUCCACUGACUCAAAUAGAGCAAAUAUAGUUUUGCAACCACCAGCAAAAAUCAUUGACUCAAGUGGAUUAAAUACUGGAUUGAAAUCAUCAGUCUAUAACACAGAUGUAGAGCAUCAAAAUUUAAAUGACAGUGAUAUUCUCUUAAAAUUCAAAAAUAUUGUUAGUAUUACAAGUGAAGAUUCUGUUAGUGCAGGGGACAUUGAUUGCUCUAUAUCCAAAUACAAAAAGCUCCUUUCUCUAUUGAAUGAAUAUAGACAAACUGACACUGAUUCAACUAGAGUAAAUACAGGAAAAAAACCACCAUAUGACAAUUUAGAUAUAGAUUUUAAUAAUCAACCUGCCAGUGAUAUUUACAUAAAUGACAAAAAUACCAUUCAUCUAAAUGGAAAUGGACUGUCUACUGAAUCUAGUAAAAUAGAUGUUGAACUUCAUGAUGAAAAUAAAAGUGAUAUUAUUAAAAAGUAUAAUUAUCUCCUUUCUCUAUUAAACAUAAAUUCAGCUUAUCUUUCUUCAGAUUACAUUGACCAUUCUGUAAUAUACAAACAACUUAUUUCAUUAUUAAACCUAAACGAAUCUCUUUACUGUUCAGCUGGCACUGAUUAUUCCACAAGAUAUAACAACCUCCUUUCUCUAGUGAAGGAACAUAGACACGCUACUGAGUCGCUUAUAACAAGUACAGGAAAAAGAUUUACAGGUGACAACACAGGUACAGAAUAUCUGAAUUCAACUGACAUAGAAAGCUCUCCAAAUAUUGUUACAGAAAGCAAUGAGAUAAUUAGAGAUAUAAAAGAAAAAGACAUUUUUAUAAGUGAAGAAGUGAUUAAAACUAAAAUUUGUGAAGAUAUUGUUCAAGAUAUUGAAAAAAAUAAAAGUAUAAGUGUUGCCAAAAAUAGCAAUGAAGUUCAAGGAAAAACUAAUGUGUUAGAAAAAGCAAGUGAAAACUUAAAUGAAAAUAACUGUGUGUCCAAAGACUUAACUCAAAUAGAACCUAGUGAUUUCCCAAAUAGAUGUGUCAAAGAUUUUAGUGAGGAUAGAAGUACCAUUGAUGCUCGAACCACUAUUACAGAAAAUAUUUGUGUAAAGAGUGAAGAAAGUUGUGAAGCUGUUGAAGGUAAUAGUCUCAAAGUUACUGAAAUUCCUCCUGCAAAAUUUUUAGAAAUAUCUGUUCAUAACAGUUCUAAUGAACUUGAUAAAACUACUUCGUGUCUAGAAGAUGAUGUGUGUCUUAAUAACUCAGUUUUGUCUCAAGGUGACUCCUCUGGUGCUUCUGAGAAUUUAAUAAAUGGUAUUCCUGUUGUGUCCGUAAAAACAGAUUGUAAUAAUCUUGAUGGAACAUUUGUAGCAGAUAAUUGUAGUAUCUCGAGUGGUUCUCUUAAUGAUACAAAAAAUAGUAGGCAGAGUUCACCAGUAAAAGGUGACACUGAAAUCUUAAAUAAAUCUUGUAGUGUUGAUUCAAAUUCUAAUUUACCCAAUAAAGUCUCCUCUGAUGUGGUUAAAGACUUGAUAAACAAUAAUACAGAGAUAAUUGUACCAACCAGUGAAUCUGAAGAAAAGUGCAUUGAACCAGGCAGAAAUUACAAUUUCGAGAUGACUGACAUCGUAGAAAAACUAAAUCAACAACAAGCUGAAAUUUCAGACCUAAAGCUGAAGCUUAAUGCAGCUCAGCAGCAUAAUGCUUCUUUGGAAUUACAGAUUAGACAAAAUGAAGAGAUUGUGAUUAAAACCCAAGCUGAGGCUUUACGAACUGAGCAAAACUAUCAACAGGAAGUGAAGCAACUUAAGCAAAAACUAAAUGAAAAUUCUAAAAUUAUAGAAAAAGAUAAAAUUAAGGAAUUAGAAGAGCAGCUGAAAGAUGUUAAAGCUAAAGAAGCUAAACUCGCUGUGGAACUCUCACAGAGAACCAAGGAUGAUCUAAAUUAUCAAAAAAUGAUGGAUCAAUAUGAACUCGCUUUAAAAGCCCGCAUUGCUGAAAAUAAAAGGUUACAAGAAGAAAGUGAGACUACAAGAACUCAUUUAACAAAUUUGGAAAUAGCAUUUUCUGAUUUGCAUUCCAAAUAUGAAAAGACUAAAGCCACACUCCAAGGACACAAGGCAAAUGAGGAAGCACUUCUCGCAGACUUGGAGCUGGCUCAGUCAACAAAUAUACAGCAUGAGGAACGUUAUGAAUCCCUAAAGGCACAUGCCACGACUCAAAUAGAAAAGUCAAAUAAAGAAAUUCAUGAUGUUAAAGAACAAUAUGACAUCGAAAUUAACAAAUUGAGAGCAUUCAUAAGACGAUUGGAAAUAAAGGUUAGUUCUCUAGAAGUAUCACUCCAACAGAAGACAGAAGAAUGUGAACAGCUUUCAGCGCUUUGCGACGAAGUAACUGGCAAAAAUGUGUAACAAAAUCAAUGUAAAGAUUCAUUUGUUUUACUUAAUUGAAAUAACCUAGUCACAGCUGAUGAUUUUUAACCUCUCCGGACAUAAUACAGUCGAACCCGCUUAUUGGAAUAGCCGUCGUGCCAAGAAAAGUAUUCCUGUAACAGGGAUAUUCGAAUAACCGAUCAUAUAAGCAUAGUAAAAACGUUUUGGGACCUCAAAUUUUUAUUCCUUAAACCGGGAUAUUCCUUUAACCGGCAUUCUAAUAAGCGGGUUCGACUGUAUGUUGAAUUUUCUGUUGUAUGGAAUAUCUAUAUGGAAAAUGAUUAUUAAUUGCAUAAUACAAGUGUAAAAUAUUAGUGUCUGGCAUCACAUCAAGUGCAAUUAACUUGUUUACUGUGAGUUCGAUACACUAUCUUUUCUAAAGCCAUGCAUUAAAUAGGAAUUUUUUAUUAGGGUUACAGUAACAUACAUAUUGGUAACAUCAUAUUUUACGAUAAAUAGGUUAUGUCACUGCAAACCCUGAAGUAUCUACAGCUAUGCUGGUUGUAAUCAAAGAAGGCAAGAACUGAUGUCAUUGAAGUUAUUACAAUUGUUUCCUUUGUUACAACUCAAAAAUGAAUAAUACACUCUUAACUGGUUUUUGUACAAAAAACUAGGAAUUCGAAUUCAAAUCACCGCUUAGGCAUAUAAAUACAUUAUAUAUUGUUAGAUUACUCGAUCAUUUGUCUUCCAUAUCCUACAAUUUGAUCUUUGGUUGUGCCGACUGUAUUCAAUAUUUCUUGAAAAUUAUUUAACUUCCUUUGGGUCUUGUCCCUCCAAAGCUACGCAACAGCGACGCGAUGGCAACACGAUUUUGAUAGGGCACAAGCAGGCGACAUGGAGGUGUCCCAUCAAAGCGACGUGUUUUCUACAUCUCUACUACAUAUUCAGUUCAGUGAACAAUAUCGCCAAGUUCAUCUUUUUGAUAUUGAGAGAGUCCGUACUCCCUACUACACCUUACUAUUUUACUCAUGAGUCUUUGCAGGUCUUGUAAACUCUUGCCUGCCAAGGUAAAACAGUAUAUAUGAAAAAAAUCGAUUUUUGAAUUUGCCGCCAAAACUGGGUAAUUUUUUCCGCUCUUUCUUAUGCAAUUUUUAGUUUAUUUCUAUUUCAUUUAGUUUUCAAAAUGUGACACUGGUAAAACAGUAUAUGAGUACGUGUACUUGCGUCUCUGCUAUGGUAAAACAGUAUAUUCGACAAACUCUACAAAGACAGAAUAGUAUACAUCAUCAUACACUGCUUAUCCCUGGUAUUAUGUUAUAUCUAUUUUUUGAAACUCUACUGGUAAAACAGGAUAUAUGUGGUAUAUGCUGUUAUACGGUAACAUAUUUCAUAAAAACAUUAUCCCAAUUACAAUGGUUAAAUAGUAUAAACAUUUCAUAUACUCUUUUACCAUAGUAUGACCAAUGGGAAUUUUUAUCUCCCCCGACGGUAUAUACGUAUAAAGUCUUUUAUAUACUCUUUGGGUAUACUGGAAAAAUGGUAAAACAGUAUAUGUCAUUUUACAAGCACAUUUGAAAAAACUAUACAUAUUUGCUGUUAUAAUAAUUAUUAUAAUAACAUGCUUUUUUUAUAUUCCAAAUUUCACUUGUCUAACUUUAUAAAUGACAAAACGGCACAACAAAAGAACAAAAAGUCAUUUAUCUCAAAACUCACUUUUUUCACAUAUACUGUUUUACCUUUGCAGGCAAGAACUAUCGGCUAUUAUUACUGUAUCAUCUGCAUAUCUGAUGUUGUUAACUAAGAUUCCAUUUACUCUUAUGCCGACUGUUUCAUCUUCCAGAGUUUCUCACAUUACGUCGUAAGAAUAAGCGUUAAAUAAUAGAGGUGAUAGUAUGCAGCCUUGCCUGACUCCUCUCUUUAUUUCCAUUUCUUCAGAUGUUUCUUUUUCAACUAUUACUAUUGCUUGCUGAUUGUAAUAGAGGUGUGUUAUAUUAGUCUUAAAUCUCUUUCAUCUGUUUUUAGUUUUCAGAAUUUCCAUGAGUCGAUCAUGUUUUACUUUAUCAAACGCUUUAUUGUAGUCUAUAAAACAGACGUAAAGAGGACGGUUAACAUCCAAACAUCUCUGUGUCAGCACGUUGAAGGAGAAUAAUGCCUCUCUGGUACCCAUACCAUUGCGGAACCCAUAUUGAGUGUCACUAAUAUCCAGCUCCAGUUUAGAGAGUAUUCUGGCGUGGAUAAUUUUCAGCAGAAUUUUCAAGGUAUGUGACAUUAAGCUUAUGGUUCGGUAGUCACUGCAUUCUUUGGCAAACACACAAGUGCUGAUGUCAACAUUUCUCUAGGGAUGAUUCCCGUAGUAUAGAUAGCGUUGAACAGUUCCACUAUUAUGUCCAGGUUUUUCUUGUUGACCAACUUUAUCAGCUCUCUAGGUAAUUCAUCUGGACCAGCAGAUUUAUUGGUUUUCAUAGAGUUUAUUGCCUGACUAACCUCUGAUUUGGUUAUCUCUGGGCCCACAUCUCCGGUUUGGCUAUGUACGGAUGUACAAGUUUAAGAAAAGGAAAUGGUGGGUGCAUCUUUUUACUGCAAGAAACUCAAAAACAGAAUGUUUGUUGCUGCUAAAGAACUCGACAGAUAUCCAGUGAAAUUUAAAUUGUUAUUUUACCGGAUGUCAAAAGAACUGUGUUUCGACCUGGUUGAAAAAGUCGGACCUCACGUCCAAAAGAAAGAUACAAAUUUCCGAAAAAGUGUGAGUGUUGAAUAAAAGCUGUUAAUAACUCUCAGGUAAACAAAUAAUGAUUAAUUUUAGUGCUGUAAACAUAUAUUGUUUAUAGCAUCUACUAAUUUUUUUAUUAUAUUCCUCUUCAUGUUGUGUUAUGAUUACUCAUUUCGUUAAUUUUCGAUACGAUACACCGCACACUCGGCUUGAAUGUCGCUUUAAAAACUGACCUGUCGAUUCGCUCGGCAACAAGAUACCGCUUCAUGAUACAAUAAAUUUAGGAGAUAUGACACCAAAGUGUUUCAAAUUCUUUCGGUUCUGCGCAUGACGUCAAUACGUGACUAGUUAGCGGCGCCAAUUUUAAAUAACCUAUGGAUAACAUAAAAAGUGGAAACAUUCUGGUAACAAAAUUACGGAUCAUUUAUGUUAAAUUUCUUUUUACGAAACGUAGUGAUAAAGUAAUGGAUAUAAACUUUUGUGAAUUAUGGAUUUAUUGAAGAUAAAAUAGGCAAAUGUGCACUUAAAAUAGUGAUGUUUUCAUUAAAAUUAUUAUCACACUAACGUAAUUAUGACAUUUACUAAAUACAAUGAGAAAAACCUUAUUAAUACCUACUAAAUUUCAAUACUUUCCGUUAUUAAAAAUGUUUUUCGCAUCUACAUCAGUCCUGUCUUUCAGAGGAUGUAGAAUCUUAUUUUCGUUAGAGGUUUGGUCAUCACAUCUGUAACUUGUUCUGAAGUGGAAAUUUGUGUGAAGACUUUUUAGUUUGAUCACAAUUUCUUAGGUUAUAUCUUCCUGUUUCCGUAUCUACCGAUUCUUUAAUGGUCAUCUUCACCAUUCUGUGAGAUUAUUUCAGUAUCGAUCUCAUUUUGUUCUAAUUGAGAAAUACUAGCUAUAUAAUGAUGGUCAUUUUUAGAAUUAUUUUCUAUAAGGAGGCAUUGUAGAGGCAAUUGAACUCAUUUCUGACAACCAGUUUUUCCAAAUGUUUAACCUGUUAUAUAAAUAGCAGAAACAAACACAACAAAUGACGAAACAUGUCGGGAUCGUCACGUAUUGACGUCACUUGACAUUUGACAGGAGCUGCGUGGUGUCAUAUCUUCGGUUUCAUUAUAUCAUGAUACCGCUUGGGUGUCGCAUUGGUGGGAGCAUAGUGUAUAUAAACGAUAAGUUCAACAAUAAAGAUACAUCGCGACGACAUCGUAUCUCCGUCGCGUAGCUUUGAUGGGACAAGGGCCUAAUCUUUUUGCACACCAUUACUGUCUAGUUACAUAGUAUUUUAACCCUCUUCAGCCCAAUGUAUCUCACAAGAUACAUGACUUUAUAAUUGAUUUUUUAAAUAUUGGGGGAUUUUUCAAUAGUUCAAACUUUGGUUGUCACAAUCGGCUGUUCUUUCUCUAUACAGUUGGUUAUCUUUGUUUGAUUUAAACGGUUUCAAAAUAUUAAGUUAUGUUGAUUUAGUUUCUUGUUCCGUGAGUGUGCGCGUUUUUCAAGCCAUCAACACAAGCGGUUAAUUCAGUUUACCUACUGUUACUAUUCUAGUAAUUUUUUUUUAUAAAAACCAAUUAAAUUGACUUAUUGUUAUGUUAUUUAAGUUUAAUUAUUCACAAGUUUUAGGUACUAAUACUUUCUGGUUUAUUUGCAAUAUACUUUUAUAAAAUGUAUCUUUGGGCAGCAUAUGUGGGAGGAGGGGGGGAGGGCGGAAAUAAUUUUAAAUAAGAUUUUUGCUUAAUUGGGCCCUAAAGCAAUAGAAUGCUAAAAGGAAAUUAUCAUGCUUUGCGGAUUUCUUCUCUUGGGCAAAAGAGGGUUAACAUUUCAAAGCAUAAGUCGUUUUUAAACAUUCUAACAUGCCAUUCACUUUAUAACAUUUCAAACAUUUUUUUGAGUUGAUUUCAGCAAAACUGCAGUAAUCGCUUUAUUUUACAAACUUACUGAUAACAAAAUGUGGAUAUAAAUAAAUACUUUAUUUUCUUUUAGACAAACAUAGUCUGUAUAUAAUUAGUCAAUUAGGUAAAUAAAACAAACAAAUAAACAAACUAACAACAAAAAUAGUAGAAUUUAGAAUUGAAGAAAUUCUUCAACUGAACAAAAAAUGUUUGCAAUCAAAAAGCUUGUCAUGAUCUUACACAAUUUUAUAUGCAUUGGUAACCUAUUAAAGAGUCUUUGUCCUGUUAUAAUAGGGACGAUGAAUUUUUUGCUGAUGAAACGCGAUGAAACUAUGCGAUUCUAUAUAUUAGCUAUUUUGAUUGUCAUUUAGCCCAGUGAAUUUGAAAUAUGUCAAAUCGCCGUUGAUAAUGUCUGCCACAGUUUGAAACGUCACGCCAGCAAGCAAUUAUUCUAGGCCCGACCUAUAAACCCAUAAAACGCUAUAAUAAUACUGUUAAUCGGCUUUAAAAUGAAUUUAUUAACACGACAAUAUUACAAUAAACUAAAAAGGGUAGUUCCAUAGGAUGGCUGUAUACCAUAUAGUUAAAAAACUCGAACAUGAAGUAAAAACCACUUUUAUGUAAUUGUAUAUUUAUUAAAAAUUUUAAAAAUUCAAUGGAUUGAACAAAAUGUGUCAAAUUCAGAACGUUUUCGGACCUAUCAGUCCAUCAUCAGUGAAUUCAAGUACUUGCUACAUAUUUGAAGUAUUUGAAUUCACUGAUGAUGGACUGAUAGGUCCGAAAACGUUCUGAAUUGGAUACAUUCUGUUCAAUCCAUUGGGAUUUUUAAAAUUUUUAAUAAAUAUACCAAUUACAUAGAAGUGGUUUUUACUUCAUGUUAGAGUUUUUUAAUAUUACAAUACUUUCACACACAAUGACAAUUUUAAACUUCAAAUGCUCAAUUACAACUGUUGUAGAAACGUCAACACCAUAUGCUUUUAUACAUUUUCUGACGUUCUAGACUUCACUAGACAUUUCUGUGUGGGAUCAAUCUUACAGAACUGUCGUAACAAUACAGUAAUGUUGUUAAAAGGGACAACUGUUUUAUAGACUAAGAGCCGCUAUAGGUGAAAUUUUUUAAUCAUUUUAGGCACGAUGGGACCCUAUAACUUAAAUAGUAGAACCUAAAAGAAAACGUUUGAACACUGUGCCGUCACUUUUCAGUGGCACAUGCGUCGACAGUGGCGCAUCAAACUUUCCACUUAUGGACGGGAUAAAUAAAUUAAAAGUUAACAAGAACUUACUAACAGAAUUAAAUUUUUUUAUUUUUUUUAAGUUCUAUGUGAUUAACACAUAGGAUUCAUCGUGAUUUUAACCCACCACCCCCUUCCCCCUGCCCCCACCAUCAAAAACUUCAUUUUUCGUUUUUAUUUUUUUUUGGUGGGAUGCAAUCAAUUUUAAAAUUUCAAAAAAUUCACACGCAUAGUUGAGGCUUUUAUAAAACAUGCCUAUUUUUAUAGACCCAUAGGUAGAGUGUACAUAACCUCAAAAAAUUAAAAGAAUUUUUUUUUUUUUCAAAAAAGCGUAUAACUUUUUUUGAGGAAUAGCUGCAGGUCUAAUUUUUUCUUAAUCUCGUGUGUUUUAUGAAACACUAUAUUUAUAUUUUUUUCAGAUUUUUCCGUUAGGCUUCCCACCUUAAAAAAUCCGAAAAACUGUUUUUUGGGGGUUUUGGGGAUUUUUCCUAUUUUAUAGACUUCAUAAUAUAUCAAAUCAAUUUUGUUUUUAUAGAUUAUAUGUAACUUGAAGUAACUGAGUCCUUUAGAAUAUUUAAAAAUCAGAAAAACACGUUCAAACCCCCCAAAACCCCCUUAAAAACAGUUUUUUGGAUUUUUGAAGGUGAUCAGCAUUACAGAAAAAUCUGAAAAAAAUCAGAAAUAUAGUGUUUGAUAAAAUAUACAAGACUAAGAAAAAAUUAGAUCUGCAGCUGUCCCCAAAAAAAAGUUAUAUACUUUUUUCCAAAAAAAAAAAAUUUAAACAUUUUUUGAGGUUAUGUACACUCAACCUACAGGUCUAUAAAAAAUAAACGUGUUUUAUAAAAGCCUUAACUAUGCGUGUGAAUUUUUUGAAAUUUAAAAAUUGAUUGCAUCCCACCAAAACAAAAAUAAAAUCUAAAAAUAAAGUUUUUGAUGGUGGGGGCAGGGAGAAGGGGGUGGUGGGUUAAAAUUACGAUGAAUCUUAUGUCUUGAUCACAUAGAACUUAAAAAAAAAUGAAAAAAAUUAGAUUCUGGCAAUGAGGGAGGGUAUUUUUUAAUUUAUGUAUACCGUCCAUAAGUGGAAAGUUUGAUGCGCCACUGUAGACGCAUGUGCCACUGAAAAGUGACGGCACAGUGCCCAAACGUUUUCUUUUAGGUUCUACUAUUUAAUUUACAGGGUCCCGUCGUGCCUAAAAUGAUUAAGAAAUUUCACCUAUAGCUCUUAGUCUACUAUGCUGAGCUUUUAGAAAUUUUUUUCAGGAAAUUUUUCAUUGUAGAAAUGUAAAACAGAUAUUUGUUUCAUUAGCUUUCAGAUUUGAUAUUAUUCUUGUAUUAGAGUGUAUUAAAUUGAUACUUUUUGCAAGCUGCAAGCUACGAGGACUGAAUUUUAAUUUGUACAUUUACUCAUAAAGGAUGUCCUUAACGAACUAAUAUCUUGUAUUCACUGAAAUGUUUCCUAUUUUUCCAUAUAGAAAUCCUACACGCAGUAUUCAAUAUACUUUUAAUUUUAUUAAUAUGUUACAACUUUUCUUAAGUUCAGUAUUAAUGUUGAACAGAGCUUUAAAUAGCUUUAACUUAACCACAUUAAGGCUGUUUGUUGUAUUUAAUAUUUUACUAUAACAAAAUGGAUCUAGUUCGACAACUUUCUGCUUCUUCUUUUAUAUUAAGCUCUUAAAUCUUAGCAAGUAAUAUCUAUAGUAAUUUAUUUAUAGAAAAAUAUAAAAAGCUUUACAACUCAGGCUACUUGGCCAAAAGUUAGAUCUGAUAUUGUGUUUUGUAUUAUCUGUGUAUUGAUGUCUUGAUAGUAGCUCAAAGAUAAAGGAAACUACUUUUGAUACAGUAAGAUGAAGAGUCAAUAUUUAUGGAGAUCUUUUAAAAAUUUACCAAAAAAAAACAAAUUUGUUUAAGAACUCUUUUGAGAAGACUAAUAAUGCUGGAUUGUAGUCAAUUACUGAAUAAUAUUACAACCAGCUGUGGGUCCUAUAUUUAUCAUAUGAUAUAUGACAGCUUAUAUAAUAUUCUGAAUAUACAAAUACAAGCUAAAAUUUUGUAGCUAUGCUUUUUAUUAUAUUAUAUAUCUAGUGCUAUGCAAUGGAAAACAAAUUCCACUUGCCCGCAAAAAUAACCGGACACUAAUGUACACUUCUCCAAGAAAUUAACGCAAAUUUCGUAAAUGUCUUGUCCGAUUUGAGUGAUUUUUUUAAUAUGUGAUAGCCUUAUUCUUUAAGAAUGUCGCUGUAAUAAUGUCGUUGCUAGACAGGUAAAUUGACAUUGUAUACCGGGUGUACGAAUCAAACUGAUUUUUUUUUUUUCUCAAAGUUCGCAACAGACUUAGAAUUGUUAAUAGAUGGCGCUUUAAUUGGAAAAAACGAUUUAUUAGCGCCAUCUAUCAGAAAUUUUAAAAAAUGUUUCGAAUAAAUGUUGCUUAAUUUUUUAUGACGAAUCCGAAUCUGCGAUAAAAAGUGGGGGUUGCUAUUUAAGAUUUUAAAGUUACCCCCACCCCACCUCCAGGGGGUGGUUUGGAGGGUCAUGCUUGGUGUUAUUCGAUAGGUUGUCGAAAAAGAUUAAAAAUCUGUUUUUUGGUUUCUCAUUUGGAAGUGUAUGUCGUGAGAUAUUAGACCGUUUCUAUAAUUUACCUAUGAUAUCAGGAUAAAUCGUUUUUUCCAAUUAUAGCGCCAUCUAUCCACAGUUCGAAAAAAUGUCUUGAAUAAAAGUUGCUUACUUUUACGUAACGAAUUAAAAUCUGCAAGAAAAACUGGGGGUUUCCAUUUGAGAUUUUAAAGUUACCCCCCACCCCACCUCCAGGGUGUGUAGUGGGGGUGUCAUUGGAUAGAUUUUUAAAAAUGAUGGAACACGUAUUUUUCAGUUUGUCGAUCCGAUGUUUAGUUCGCGAAAUAUUCGACCGUUCCGCUACUUUUGGGACACCCUAUAUAAGGGCACAAAAGAAAAUGGAAUUUGGCGAAGAAGGUACAACUUUGAACUAUACGAAAUAUACCAGGAUCCGGAUAUCAUAACAUUCAUUAAAAUAGGACGGCUGCGUUGGAUGGGACAUGUAGAAAGAAUGGAAGAAGGCGAAAUACCAAACAAAAUAUUCAAACAGAUGCCAGUAGGAAAAAGAACAAGAGGAAGACCGAAGCUGAGAUAUUUAGAACAAAUAGAAAAUGAUAUAAAAACCUUAAAAAUAAAAAACUGGAGAAAAAAAGCACGAAACAGAUCAGAGUGGAGAAGAAUCCUGGAACAGGCCAAGACCCAGAAAGGGCUGUCGAGCCAAUGAUGAUGAUGAUGAACAACAAAAAUUACGGACUUAAUUGAAACUUUAAAUAAUAAAUCUACUAAUUUUCACAACAAACUAGACACUUUUUGAGUGUGAACAAUUUCACAUUUAUCAAAUUGUUAAUUUCUCCUAGCCUACUUUAGGCUUGUUUAUUAAAUUAAGGUGGACCUUUUUUCCCUAAUUCUUCUAUAGGUCCACAUUUCAAAUGUGGACCUAUAGAAGAAUUAUGAGGGAUUCCUGGGUAGAUAGAGUUACUAACAAUGAAGUGCUGAGAAGAAUAGGUAAAGAGAAGGAAGUUGAACUUACAAUUAAAGAAAAAAAGCUACAGUAUCUCGGACAUGUGAUGCGGGGCGAGAAGUAUGGCAUCCUACGACUCAUAAUGCAAGGAAAUAUAGAUGGCAAAAGAAGCAUUGGAAGAAGACGAAUUUUAUGGCUGAAGAACCUGAGAGAAGUGUUUGGAUGCAGCUCAAAACAACUAUUUAGAGCUACUGCUUCAAACAUUAAAAUAGCUAUGAUGAUUGCCUACUUUCGUAGCGGAGAUGGCACCUGAAGAAGAAAAAGAUUAAAUUAAGCAGAAAGUGAGGAUAUAUUGAUCAAAAACAUGGCUAGUUGUUAAGGUACCUAACUUUUUUUAUUAUAAUAAUUUAAGCAAAUGAAUAAAAAACAAAAUGUUAAGAAAGCCUGAGGCUAUAGUUGGGUUUUAAUUUCAGUAUUUUAUAAAUCCUAGAAUAUUCCACAGGGUGAUGCGAACAUUAAGAAAAAAACACAAUUUGAUGACAGCCGGUAUACAAUGACAAUUUACCUGACUAGCAACAACAUUAUUACAGCGACAUUCUUAAAAAAUAAGGUUAUAACAUAUUAAAAAAUCACUCAAAUCGGACAGCAGAUUUAGCAAAUUUGCGUUAAUUGUUUGGCGAAGUGUGCAUUAGUGCCCGGUUAUUUUUGCGGGCCAGUGUAUUUACUGUGUUAGGCAGAAAGUUCUCGAAUAGAUUGAUUUCUUUAAUAUGGUAUAAAAAGCUCUCUGUUGAGAAAAGGAGAAUUUUGUGGUCAGCUUGAGGCUACUGACCAAUGUUUUUAGUAUAUUAAAGAGAAAGAUAUUUUUCACUUCAUUUUUGUUCUAAUUCCUAUUUGUAGAAUAUUUACUAUUCCUAUUGCAUUCUCAUAUAGUUCUAAUUUUAAAUUUUAGUGAUACUAGAGUCCCUAUAUAAUCAUUAACAUUAACUUGAGUCUAUGGUAAUAGUUAUAUAGGAUAUCUAGAAGAGGCUUUAUUUAUUAAUAUAGUGUUGGGAUUAUUUGUUAGAUAAAGCACUGCGUUAAUACAUAUAUACAUAAAAAUAGGUUAACUUAAAUAAGCAAAAUGUUUUAACGUUAAUUUAAAAAGUUAUUCUUACGGAAUUGUAAAUUUAACUUGUUUAAAAAUUAACUACAUACCUUGAGUUUAAAAAAAUGUAUAUUUCUAUGACUUUUUCAUUUUUGUUAUUAAAAUUAUUUUAGUAA